GAGGGUCGAGAACGAGAUAGGCAGUCGGUAGCGACGCGUCCCAGGCGCGAGUCGCUGCACAAUGUAUCUCGCGGGAUCUCGCAGGCCAACGGCCAACGCCGUCACGGUCCCGGUGCUGCUUCUACGAGUAUGGCUCGUGUCGCUCGUGUUCGUGUGGUGCCCGGUGUUCUGCCAGGAGAGCCUGACCAACCGCAUGCGGACGAUCAGCGAGGAUUUGGACCGGCAGCUGAACGAGAUAAUGGCCUCGCAGGCGCUCAGCUACUCCACGGUCAACACCGCCGGGCUGCCCUACAACGCCACCACGAAGUUCAAUCCGAAGGGCAUGGGCCAGCUGUACAAUGUGACGAACAUGUUCAUCGACCUGGUACAGAGCAAGCAGGCGUAUCCCGCUGGUAUGAUCACCGUGGUGGACGGCCAACCGGUUCUCGCAGAUCCUCUUAAGGAAUGGAAGAUCCUGGUGACCCAUUACGGCGGACUGGCCUGCCUCGCCUUGGUCGGACUCCUCGUGGCGACUACUAUCCCCUGCGCGGGUCUCUUCUUCUGUUGCUGCAGAUGUGCGGGCCACUGCGGCGCCCGUAGCCAACCUUUUGACAAGAAGCACGAUCAUUGCAGGAAGAUUAUGCUCAGCAUCGUGCUGAUCGGCGUCGCCACCAUUCUGCUUUUCGGUGUGGUGUGCGCCUUUGUCACCAACGAGUACAUGCAGGAAGGCACCAAAGAGCUUCCGCACAACGCGAAGACCAGCCUGAAGGACGUAAAGCUGUACUUGAGCUCCACGAAACAAGAGAUCGAGAAUCUGCUGAAGACCAACUGCGAAGAGCUGGAGGUCACGCUCAACAAUAUCCUGCAGGCCAGCGGCAAGAUCGUCACCGAGCAACUAGCAGAAUAUUCGCACGCCGUCUCCCUGACGAAUCUUAAUGACAUAGUUACCGGUCUGGAAUCGAUCAGGGAGGAUCUGAAGCUUAUGAAUAAAAUAACACAGGAAUUGCGAAUGAAUGCCAGCCAAUUGGAUAUCGUUGUUCGUGGUGUCAAGAAGAAUCUUCUCCACACACUGGCUGCGUGCACGACUGACAAGUGCCAGCGAGUUCUGCACGACUAUAAAGUGAACCAAAUGUCGGUCCAAGUAGACUUCGAUAAGUACAUGGACCGAUACUUCCCGAAGCUUCAGUCUCUGCCGGACGUCACGUUCGCGUUACACAACAUCACCGUGCUCAUGGAGGGCAACAUAGUGUCGGAGGUGAGCCAAGGCAGGGAAUCGUUCCUGAAGAUCCAGAAGGACAUCCAGCACGCCGUGAAUCAGACGAUCCCUGUGGUUAGCGCGAGUAUCCGACGUGCCUGCAACUUCCUAACGAUCAUCGCCACUAACAUGACUGCCCUCAUUGACAGACUGAACGCCGACAUAGAUAGAGUUUAUAUUCCACAUUUAGACGUCGCCCGGAGCAAUAUAGAUCAGUAUUCACCUUAUAGAUACUAUCUCGGCCUGGGCAUAUCCGGUAUUCUCCUGACUGUCUUGAUGUGCCUGACAUGCGGCCUUCUCUGUGGCAUUUGUGGAAAGCGCCCGGACGGAUACGGCGACGAUUGCUGUAACAAAGGGUCAGGUGCACGGUUUCUCAUGAUGGCCGUGUGGAUCAUCUUUCUCCUGACGAGCGUGCUGAUGAUUGUAACCGUGGCUCACAUGGUGACCGGUGUUAUGGUUCAACGCGGUAUCUGUGAGCCCCUAAAGAAUCCGAAGGACAACAGAAUGUUUGAGCUGGUCGACGAGCUCGUACAGAUCAAGAGAAUACUUUAUCCCAAAAAUCCGAAAGCUGAUAUCAAUAUGAGUUAUAUCGUUACCAAGUGCCAUGAAAACGAGACGCUUUACAACGUGCUGAAUCUGAAGAAUCUCUACGACGUAGAGAAUCUGCGCGAUUACGCCGGGCGUUACGAUAUCAACGACACGAUUCAACAGCUGCGACGCAAGAUCAGCCUGUCUCCCGGCGUGGUGAUCUUAAAGGAUAGCGCGAGGUCCAAGCUGAACGACCUCGCGCAGAGUGGUCUCAGCGAUAUCAAGUUCUAUCAGUAUGCCGAAUUGCUCGCCGAGAACAUCACGAAUAUCAAUCUGGAACACCUCGCCAAACAGUUGCGCGAGGUUUCCGCCAAGUUGCCGAGCGGGCAGGAGGACAUCAGGGACAGUCUCGAGAAGAACGCCCACGACUUGGAGCAUUAUCAUAGAGAUCUGGUCAUGCCGAUGGCCACGCUCAGCGAUCAGCUAAGCGCAAACGCAUUGAUGCUUCAGGAGAACAUCAAGUUCAAUCAUAGCUCGAUGGCGGAAGCUAUUCACGAUCUAGUGGAGGAAGUCACUAAGGCGCAACAGUUCCUGAAUAAAGACGGUCCGGAAUACGUCCAAUACCUCGCGACCAGAUUUGGUAAUGCGUUUCUACUUCAAGUGGACAAAUUCCUCGACCACGUCAUUCUGACAGCCAUAAAAGAGAUCGGAAGAUGCGCUCCCGUCUCGAACGCUUACAACGCGACACUCGUGGCAGGAUGCAAUAAGGUUCUGGAUCCAUUCAACGGCUUCUGGGCGAGCGUCGGCUGGUGCUUGAUCCUAUUCAUACCGACCAUAGUGCUCUGCGUGAAGCUGAGCGCCCUGUAUCAAAAGUCGGAUCCGUACCCGGGGCCCCUCGUCGAAGCAGCUUCACUAGGAGACACAAACACAACAUAUACAUCGUUCACGACAAGAAGCAUGUUUCCCACGGCAGGCACCAUCCGUCGGCGUACGUGGAAAGUUAUGACGGACCAGCAGGCUACAACGAGCGCGAGAGGGUCUCCGACGCUCAUCAAAGUACGUCGCAUCAUGACUCAAGAUACUCCGAUCUGGCGCCGAAGUGAGUGGGAACCCUGCGGGGGGGUCAACCUCUCGCGUCUCUCGAUACGCCUCUGCACAAAUUGGGACUUUCCCAACGGUGGACCGCCAAGGUAUCAACCAGCUGCCGGGGCCCCGCCUCCAUUAAGCACCGAAUAUGAACGACCGCCGCCCUAUUACUAUCCUGGACCGGGGGAUAGAAAUUAGGAAACAAGUGCCGUGGCAUGCACGAAAGCAGCGCUGAACAGUGUGGCAACGCACAGCCUCACGCGCAGUUACAAGCGAACGCUCAAGAAGAGAGAGAAGUCCGGAUGCAAGAGAGACUACGUGUAAUCCCUCGCGUUGUUCCUGAGCGUGCCACGGAUUGUGCGAACACCCAAAGUAACUAAAGACCAAGUUUGAUACAGACUGAGAUAGGCUAAUGAUCUUCUUCGCGACGUGUUUCCUUUCGUUUUUCACUUGAGCGGAGCGAAAAUGCGGAGCGUGUUAUCGACAUACGUAACGCGCAAAUCCUCCCUUUAUUUUAGGCGUUUUCCUUAAGAAUUUCAAAUACUCGCGUGUCUCGUUACCACAGAGAGGCACAUGUCGUUUUUCUAGGACGGAGCAAUCGGCGAGCGUGUCACGCUCUUCCUGUCCGUUUCUCCAGUUUCCCUUCUUUCGCUCGGAAAUGUUAAGGUGUUCAAUUAUGACUCAUUUGGUAUUCUUUUUUAUCUAUUAAGCGGUAACAAGCACGACGUGCUUGUACUUUCUCGCAAUCGCUGCCGACUCGUUUCGAAUCAUUUCGACCGUAUUUCGGAAUAAUGGAACGCAGACGUGGACAGAACGAUCGAUCGAGUGCGAGAAGUGGUUGAAGGAGAACAAGAGCCGAUCGAGAAAAAGAGUGAGAAAAAGAAAGAAAGAAAAUUCCUUUGCGUAGCGAAGACACGAAAAGACUGUGCGACGUAUCGUGAGAAGCCUCACCGUUCUCAUGUGUACUCGCAUAUCCACCGACCGAGCUACGUAAUGCACAAAAUAUUAAACGCUGCCAAUUCAGUGCGUCGCAUUUUUUAGCCCGCGAGAUAAGGGGCCAGCCGUUGUAUCCGCACCAGAGAGAAAAAUUCGCGAUCCGCGAUGAAAAAUUAACAAACGGAUACUCCGUUCAAACGAUAUAUCCGAUUGCUUCUGGGGUCAUCCGAUCAAGUCUCCCGAUCGAGUCGAUCGGAUAUCCGUAUAGCGCCGUCUGUUAAUUUCUGAUCGGCUCGUGGACUCGGUGCGGACGUCGAGUAUACCGCGGACCGGUCCGCCCGUUUCCAAGUGCACUGAACCAACGCCAUAUGAAAAUGCCAAACGAGAAACACACGUGUGUGUGAUCCACACGCGGCAGCACGCACGAGUGUCGUCGCGGCUCAUCGUACAUUUCGGAUCUCGCUCGUCUCUAGCCGAGGAAGAAAUGCCUUUAGAAAAAAGGAGACAAACUGAUCAUUCUUAUAUCUGUGCCGCGCCCGGCGGCGAUACCCACCGCGGCUUCCCGACUCGCGGCGGAGAGAAUUCCCGAGAGCGACCGUCGCCACCGUCGCUAUUAUAAAUACUCUGUGUACAUGGAUUUUUAAGUAGCCGUUUUCUUACUACUGUUAUCUUACUGUAUAACUUAUCGAUAUAAGCCGACGAUUUCGAUUCCUACACCGCGUAGACGGUGCGCCGUGCGUACACGUUUGCUUGUAUAAACGGGUCUACGCGCUGUACGAAUCUCUCGAUGUGUGUAUUAUCGCGGCAUCAUUGCCCAUUGUCCGUCUCGGGUGCAAUAAUCUCCCGACGCACGUGCGAGCAUUCCACGUUCGUCCAAGUUCAUUUUAUUCGCAUCACGCGGUGAAUCCCUGAAGGUUUAUAUGGUGCACGCGCCAAAUCGUUCGCGAAAUGCUGCCUUCGCGGGCCAGCCGACAAUUAACGUCGCGAACUAGUUCUGGUAUCGCACCUAUAUAUGCUCAUGUAGAUCCACCGAGCCGACCGUCUCUGAGAGACCUUAGUAUCGGAGAAAUUCAGAAUCGAAGAAAUCACACACGAAUCAUUUGCUUACGCAACAAUAUACAUCACACUUUCAAGCAAGGAAAUCGCUUGUUUAGAAAACUCGCCGUUCAGCGUAAACUUACAUCUCAACAUUGUUGCCAAAAAUAUGGAAGAAGAUUGUAUGAACUCUUAGCAAAAUUCUCGUUGUAACUCGAACGUGAGGGACAUUACGAAGGACGUUGCGGAGAUGAUGAGUAAUAAGAACGGACCGACAAUGAGAGACGCUCUGGCACUUGCUCUCGCGCGUGUACAGAAGCUGUUGGGAGAACAAGAAAGCCGACACGAAGGACACGAAAGCGAAACCCCGUGUGUUCAAUAGCCUCCUAUUGAACGCACUUCCUUCGUGGAAAGUGCACUUCUCGUAAUAGCGAUCGUUUCAGAUUUCCGUUCGAAUUCCAGUGCGCACCGCGCGUGUUUCGCUUUUGAUGCCCUUUGUAGACGUGUGUCUUAUAUCACGGCGGAGAACGGCCGUGAUGUUGGAGCGUCGAGCCCGAUCGCGGCUAUUGGCAACCGGAAUUGCCAAAAAGUCACCUUCUACCUUCCUCCUCGCGCGACGCAUCGAAGCGCGGUGAGUCGGAGCGCGAGGACCGGUAGAACGUUGUAGCAGGGCGGAACGAGCGUUAAGUGCGAAAGACGAUAAGUGUUUGUGAGUGCGCGCGUGUGUGUGUACAUGUAUGUGAGAGAGCGUAUGCGUGAAAGAUAGAGAGAGAAAGAGAGUGAGAGAAGGAGAGAAUUGUCGCAAUUUAUAGCGAAGUAAAAUUUUGCAAAAGUCCCCGCUGUAUCAUUACCGUAUUUACACUAGUAGCGUAGUUUUACUGAAUCUACAUCUUAGUCUAUCGACAUUCGACACAACGUAUGUACGCGUCAUGCGACUCGGAGGAACAAACUGAUGUAUUAUCUUUUCUUUCGCCUUUUACUUUUUAAUCAACGGAACGUAACGAUCGAACGGCGUGCCCGCAAUGGCUGCUCCCGUCGUGCUCUCAAGGUCGCGUGUUUCGGAGAACGAGUGCCGUUUUCGAUAAGUGCGCGCGCGCGCGAAAUAUUCCGAAUACAAUAGAGUCUGUAGCGGAGCGUGCUAGCGCGCCGAAAAAUCCCGCCGGCAAAAUGCGAGAUCGCAAAUCGCUGACAAACGAAGGAAGAAGAAAAUAAAAGAAAAAUUCUCUGAUGCUAUUUUUAUAAUGUAACGACGAUUGUGUGUAGCGACGACUCGCGUGUGUGCAUCCCCGCGGCACUCCUUCUCCGCGCUCGCGAAUCGACACGCCGCGAGCAGGCACGGUAGGAUAGACCGAACUGGAUCGAAAUAAUACCGGAGACAGUUGUCGCGUUUGAAACGCCAAUGACAACUCAAAAGUUUCAAAGGUUAUUUCGAUCCGAUCCACCUCUCGGUCUAGUCUACAGAGAGGGCUGUUGCCGUGGUUCAAAAGAAACGCUCUUCUCUCGCAGUCUCUGCCGAAGGAGAGACGCGAGAUGAAGCUCUGCGGAAUCGGCAGAAUCGAACUGGACGGAGGAUGUCGACGAAAGAGCUGCGAGACACACUCUCUCGCAGUGUUCUGCAUUUGAUCGGCACCACGUUAUUCGACUUGGAAAAUUUCAACCUGUAGGCACGAUCAUUCUAUGCCGGGAUCCUUCGAUGAUAGUUCUAACGAUAUUUGUUUCCGACGCGCUAAAACGUGUUCAUAAUCGAAUGAUACUAAUGAUCUUGUAAAUCUGUCUUUCCAGUUCGACUCUCUAUGAAAUUCGGCGAGGAGAAAAUUGUACUUUCAUUAUCACGACAUUGUUACACUGAAUGGUUAAACGUUAGAGUUUUUUUUU